CUUAAUCAAAUAACAGUGGCAAAAAUCCUUAAAGAACUAACAAGGAUGUACUGUCUAGCAAGAUAUUAAUAGAACAAACUUGCACUAACUAUCCAAAUGAACAGACAGAGGCCUUCUCAGUUAUAAAAUGAAACAUUUUAAAAUGCUCAGCUUUUUAAUAUACUGGGUCACCCCGAGGAUAAUGCAGGUUCCUCUGAUUUGCUCCAGUCUGAUGUUUGGACAAACAACUCAUGAAAUUUCCUGCAGGGCCCUGAAAUUUGUUUGCACUGCACAUCCCUCUUCUGAAAGUAAAAGCCCCAGGAAAUCUGCUGCCUUUUGUGCGACAGAGCUAAACUAAAAGCAAAGUUACACAUCUUCGCUUUUCCCUGACUUUCAUUUUGAAAUUUCAUUUAAACUCUUUUGAAUAUGUGCAUUUCCCUGACUCAAGAAUCAUGAAGAAAGCCAACAGGAAAACAGUAGAAUAUCACCCAGCAGAUUCAAACAGCAGGAAAACAGCUUUGCCAAAAAAUAAAUCUUGCCCAAACAUACAUGAAGUAAUGAAUCCAAAUAGACAUCGGAAAGAAAAGAGAACUAUUCCUGCUAACACCUAUAAUUCUAGCGAAUACUUGACAAUGAAGGGCAAGAUUGACUUCCAGCUUUCCUCUGAGCUAUCUGAGGAGGAAGACAGUAUGUAUGAGACUGUAAAUUCUUCAGUGCUGGAGGCCGUUCACUCUUUGAGAAUCCUUCCUGCCAAACCUCUACAAGAAUCUGAAUAUGCAGAUACACGGUGCUUAAGGCCUUCAGGUACCACUUCCCCAACGAGUGAGAACCCAUCUCAGCCCCCUCAACACUCAGCUAUUCACACAUUUGAUCCGGAGGGGAGAACAGUGCCAAAUGUAAGAGGAGGAAGAAUGAAACUACAUGGAUACCAGGAGCCAACACCUCCCCCACGGCCUCUGAAGAUGCUGCCAAAGCAGUAUCAGCCCCUUCCUCCAGAGCCAAGAAUAAGCAGCCAGGUCUUACCCAAGAGGAACACACUCAGCCGAGACCCCACCUUUCCAAUAUCAGCCGAAGUCACAAGACAUUCUUCUGUUAGGAAAUCAAAUACAAUACCUGGAAGACAGCAAGUUACAAGUUUGGGGAAGAAACCUGAAGUACCUUUUCAAGCACAACAUCAUCCUCCUGAAGCCAGCCCUCAAUGUACACGGAGCUCUAAGAACAUUUGCAGAUCAGGUUCCACAUUAAGUGUAGAUAAUUUGACAGUGAAGAAGCCACCACCUCCGACAUCAUACGCAGCAUGCAAAAAUAAAUCAAAACAUUUGCUUGUAGAACAGGAAAUGCAAUCUCUUACCAAACCCACUGAAAAGGAUUUAAACAAAUGUGAGUGGUAUGUUGGAGAAUAUGAUCGCCAUAAAGCAGAGAAGAUCCUGUUACAGAAAAACACUGAUGAGACAUUCUUGGUUAGAGAUUGUUCAAAGAAAUCAAAGGCUGAACCAUACGUGUUGGUUGUUUAUUAUGGAAGAAGAGUAUACAACAUUAAAGUACGAUUCCUGGAAGAGAGCCAACAAUAUGCCUUGGGAACAGGGCUCAGAGGAGAGUGUAAAUUUAAUUCCGUGGAAGAGAUCAUUGACUUCUACAGAUCCGUUCCCAUAACGCUCAUUGACGGAAAGGAUCAGUCAGGAAACCACAGAGAACAAUGCUACCUCACACAUCCAUUCAAGGCAGGCUGAUAUGGACAAUGCUACCUCACACACCCAUUCAAGGCAGGCUGACCUUUGCUGCCUCAUUGUCGCUGAUUCAUCUGUACAGAUAUAAAUAGAACACUUCUUGAAACGUCUCAAAAAUCAGAUUCGCCUCUUGAGCAAGGAGCUCCCCAUAAUAUAAUGAAGCGUUCUACAGAUCUACUCCAUUUUUUGUUUGUUGCACUUUCACUUUGAGGGUACAAGUAAAGAAUAUGUCGACAUAUUAAUUCACAGGAAGGCGUGGAGACCGACUCCUGAUAUCUUGACAAUGACUGAGCAAUUUGCUUACCUUGCACUCUAUCUUCUUAUGUUCAGAUGAAAAUGAAACUUGCCCCUGCUUACCUAAAUGUCACUUAAACUCUGCUAAGUAGCAAAACCUAAUAAAGUAUACCACAGUCAUUAAAUAAAUCUUCUUGCUUUUAAAAAUACACAUGAAACACUGUGUGUCACAGUUCUCACUGUCUAACAAUUUCAUGUGGUGUGCAUAUGUUUGCUCAACAACAAGCUGCGCUCAGCUGCCACUGAAGUUAGUGUCAGUUGAUGCUUACAGGCACUGGAGAUUUUAAAGCUAGCUGUAAUUAUGUAAAUUCUAUUAUUCAAUGAGCACUUACUCUCCAACUUAAGUAGUAGAUACUUGUAUGCCAUACCUGAGCCUUCAAACACUUACAUGGUAGGACCAUUAUGCAAACAGUCACUUUGAAUUCAUACCAUAUGCAAAUGAAGAGAUAAAAAUCUUAAGUAGAAAGAGUAGAUGUACUUCAAACCCAGCAAGAAAACAUACUUUAGUAUGUAUGAGCAAAGAACAUGAGAAUGUGAUUAUUUUUCCAGAAAAAAAUACAGAAAUAUUUAUUCAUACAAUUUUGAGUUUUGGAAGCCUACCUAAAUUCUGUAUGUAUAUGAAGGCAAACUACAUUUCCAUAUGUACACGAAGGGAUUUUUCUGUACAGCAUUGAUAACCUGCCUAACCACACUGGAUGUUUGACUAGGUUACUGUAAUAUACCAAAAAAGGUAUAGUACAAUAACCCAGUUACUUUAGAACCUCAGUUACUCUAUCCUUUUAGAAUAGGAACAAGAAGAACAAAACCACUCAAGCCCAAAACCACAACAUUCCAACCCAAUUUAUGACAUAAUAUGUAGUGGUACAAACUAGCUCUAAAAAAAUUCAGCAGUUGAUUAUUAUUUUCUUUGAAUCAUUUUAUUUCUCAUUGCUGAGUCAAAAGGGAAGAAAACAUCCACUGUAAAUUAUUUCUCUCAAACUGAUGACACUGUUAAACUUGAAGGAAAUUAUUCUGACAUAUUUUUAUCUAAUAAAAGUAAAAAAACAGAAGCUGCUAAAAUGGAGUUUAGCAGAGUUCAUAACAAAAAGCAUGACAUAAUCUGCUUUAAGAAUUUCAUAACCACAAUACAAUUUAACUUACAAAAGGUUUUCAUGUUGAAACAAAAGAAAUAUCUAAAUUAAAAACCAUAAAAACCCCAAGGUUUAACAAUUUAGAUAACAGAUUAUGGCAGUGACGUACAGAGCUUUGCAGAUGUCUACUAAAGUAAACUUGCUUACAAAAGACAAGCAUUACUAGUGUACUUAAACCACCCAGAAUCCACAAAGCUGAGCAGCAACACUUUCUCCAUUUCCCCCAGUACAGCUUUCAUGAGCAAUGUUCUGAUUUUGCCAGUGACAACUCUUACAAAGCAAAUUCAAAACUAUUUAUUUGGUAGCUUCUACAGAAACAAAGUUAAUUCAACCAGUAACCUGUAUUGAAGGAAUUAAAACAAAAGAGGAAUGCUAACCAUGGGGUUUUUUGUGUUAACCAUUUCAGUAUUCAUUUUAUAUGUUAUGCUAUAAUUUUAAAAUCGCAACUGUUUUCACCACUGAAAGUGCAAAUAGCACUGUUAGGUUUGGCAUCAAAGCGUAUGAAGUGGGGAAAAAAACCCUCAAGUGUACCCAUCUAAAAAAAUAUAAUUCCAUUUGAAUACAAAAUGAGAACUGUCAUUUCCUUAUUAUUGACAAAACAGGAAAAACAAAGUUUGUUCUGUGGAAUAGUUUAGUCUGAUACAAAUGAUACAAAAAUUUUCCAUGUGUACACGAUGAAAAGAUCUGACUUAAAGCACCAGCUAUCGGAAGGAUUUUAACACUGUAUUGCAAAAUUAUGGGAAAGCAAUAAGUGGUUUUGAAAGUAAACCUCAGUCAGAUGUAGUUUUAAAAUAUUUACAUUCUAAUGUAGAUAUGAUAAAUAUUUUAUCAAAACAAUGUAUAAUCUGCUGGAGUAUAUAAAAAAAUAUUCCCAGAUAAACUGUUUACAAAAAUGCACCAUCAGUGAAAAGAUUUAGGGACUACCAGUUUACCAGAGAAGUCCCAGUUCAAACAUAGAACACACAUCCAGCAUUAGAGUCAGUAUCGAUUUUCAUAUUUUUAAAACUGUAACACAUUAUUUUAAUUGUUAUAUGUGCUUCAAUAUACUUCAUUCUAUAUGAUUCUAAAAUGAUUUAAAAUUGACAAGAUGAAGAGAAACAUCCACAGCUCACAUACAGAAACAGUAACUUCAGUGUCAUCUAUCCCUCUUUUUUACUAAAAAGCUGUCAUUUGGCCCUGAUUUAGAGAAGUGUUUAAGCAACUGAGCAAUGUUUUACACUGCACUGAAGUCAGUACGCAUCAGACAUAAUCUGUAACUAGGCACAUGCUUGUAUGAAUUUGAGGCCUACAAAAAAUAAAUUGUAACAACAUCUAAAUUCUUAAAUACGAUGAAAGAUUGCACUGAAAAUCUGGUUCAACACUGUCAUGUAAAAGCUGUGCAACGUGGCUUUUCAGUUUGAAAAGUCUUCAACAAGCUGCCUAGUAAAUCAGCUCACCAACUAGAGUUCUAAUCAAAUACUGAGUCUGUAAAUGCUUCUAUCACACACAAGGUGGUACAGAGUUUAUGUCUGGCUAAUACUAUUUUAGAACAGCCUUGAGGCCAUUUAGAGAAGUGCUUUCCACUAUCAGCCCAAGCCUGAAGGUAUCUCUGGCUUGAUGGCACAUAAUCCUCCUGGUGUUCUGCUCCCUCUCAUCUACACAACACAGUCUAGGUAAAGACUCAGUACUAAACAAAAGUAAAUUUUUUGUGCUAUCUGACCUAGCAGGAGUAACUGAUUCCAUAGAUUUUUUCAUUUACACCCUUGUACCUCCUCUGAAGUCAGCAGAAGUGUUUUUGUUCCACUGAAACACAGCACUUGCAUUUAAAUUUUACUUUUUAUGUGUAAUGCUUAAUUUGCCACUAAAACCUAUGACUUACACUUGCUGUCCAUGGAGGACCAAAAGUGCAUUUCCAUACAGAUGUGCUCGAUCUUUGAAACACCAUGCUGUAAUAAAGCAAACUAAUCCUGUUAAAUUUACAAAGAUCUCAUCAUCUAAGAUUUUAAUCCAUACAGACCUAGCACAAACCACGUACAGCAUAGUAUCCUAAGGUAACUAGAAAGAUGUUUGCAUAGCAAAUCUUCUUCAAAUUUUUCCUAUGGAACAGAUGAAGCUGGUCUCCAAUACAAAUUUCAAUCACAAGAGUGCAAAGUGGUGCUUAAUCCUCCCUAUCAGCUUCUCUAUCUCUCUGUACCUCUACUCUCUUCUUCACUUUGCUAAUAGCAGAGGACUUUUGGCAAAAUAAAGCAGUUAUUUCCAUCUUCCAUUUUAGGCAAGUUAGUGUCACUCAUUAAAAGCAAGAAGGGAAACCUUCCCUAGGCUCUCACUUAACGUUUUCUUGCUUGAAGAGAAAGAACAUCCCAGCCCUUGGUUGCCUCUAUUAAGUGUCUCUGUCCAUGACUUAUCCAUUCUUCUUGGUCCAUAUAUACUCUCCCACAAAACCAACACUUAAAGAGACACCUAAGUGCUUCAGCUGGUGAAGUUUCCACCACUUGAUAGUUGUUUUUGUGGGUCUUUUUUAGCUUCAUUUUUAGCAUACUCCGCUUUUUUGCUUGGUUUCCUGUCUCACCAUCCUGAAGAGUAAGACGCUUUCGAUAACGUUUGACACCAAGACAACUACUUGUCCUUUCUGACAGAACUACUUUCAGGACUUGACCUUUAUACUUGUUGAUAGUCUUCAUGACAUUAAUUAUCUCUGGUGAAUCAACAUCAGGAUGGUUUAGUACCACAACUGGCUGAUUACGACGAGGGCAUUUUAUCAACUGAUUCGUUUUCAGAGGAAGAAGUCGAAGACGCCUUGCUGUCAACAGGUAUGACAUAUCAGAACUUGAAGUGGUUUCUGACUGAGCUCUUGUUUUCCUCUUAGGAAGUUCUCUGAAUCUUGUUUGUCUUGCCUUAUUUUUGGGACUUUUUGAAUAGGGCUUGCUUUGCUUGCUCACAUCACUGCCUUUCUGAAACGCCACACUAGUUUGCUUGCUGUUAUUUUUAGCACUUGCCUCUCGCUUUGGUCUUUGCCUGAGUGAUAUAGUUUGGGACUCAGCACUUGGUUCACUCUGAUUAGGCAAACAUGGGAAAUUACUGCUGAGUGCCUCAGAAACACUGAUGGGGACUGGGCGAGGCAGGAACAUUUCAUUGUGAUGCACAGGAGCUGAUGUUUCACCCCUGUGUUCUAUUCCACAUGAGCUUUGACUGCUGGUAGCAUUCAGCACUCUCAGCAUUGUCCCUUUAGGGAUGAACACCGGGGUAGCAACAUGGGAAUUUUUAGUUACCCUGUUUUUAGAAGUUCUUGCAAAUGUAAAGAGCUGAUCUUCACUGUGUUCUUCACUCAUCACACUUCUUCCACCACGUGCUUCAGACAAAGUUGCAGGCUGUUCCACUUCAGUGGCACAAACAGCUCCCUCACAGCUUCCUGAACUUUCUUGAGGCAAAAGUAACUUUUUACUAGAAGCCUGACUUCUCAAGGGCACGGAUUUCAUGUUAGGUUCAGCAGCAGACAUGAGCUGCGCAAUCUUUCUACACAGCAAUGUUGCUGAUUUCUUCCUGCGUAUUGUGUCAUCCCAUCUGACAUCCUCUGGAACAUUUUCAGUCCCAGAGCUAAGAGAAAAUACAGAUGAAAUAACAGGUCCUUCAAAAGGACUGCCUUUAUUUUCCAUCUUCUGUAGUUCAAGUGAUUCCAGAAGAUGACUACUCUUUUGGCUUAUGGUUUCAGUUCUCUUUACUUUGCUCAAGCCACAAGUUAUAUCCUCAAAAGCUGCAGUUUUAGUAAUGUGGAAGUUUUUCCCUCCUUCAGAGGAUGCAAUAAAUUUUUUAUCAAAACCCUUUCCAGCCAUAUGUGCUUCAGUAGAGCUGACUGGUAGAUUCCUAUGUUCUCUGUCAACCCUCUUCACAGACAAUGUAUCCUUUUCUUUAUGGACAGCAGAAAAAUGUUUGCCCUCCUGAGCAGCUUCUACUGAAACAAUCUUGGAAUUUUUACCUUCAGAAACGGAAGUGUAUUUUGGACGGUAUGUAUCUUUGCCUUCUUCAUAACAGUACAGAUCACGAUGCAAGUUAUUUUUUCCAUCUACUUUCCCCCUCGAGGAUUUAAGAUCACUUUUUUUUUCAGCACUGUUCUUCACCAGAGAUUGAGAACAAAGUUCUAUAACACCUGAAUGGACAUCAAUACCUUUCACCAAAUGAAAGCAUAAUUUUGAUGUAUCUUCCCUCUGUACAGAUAUAGAGCUAUAGCCUGAGAGCUGAGAAUCAGAGGAACAAAAACAUUCAGAAUUCUUGUCAUGUGUACUAUCCAAAUUAAGCUGGUUACUAACACUGGAUAAUUUGUUUACAUUCACUUCCAUAGUUAGUAACUCAUUCUGACAGACAGAAGAUGUUUUCUUUACUUCUUCAGAUCGUUCUAUACUUUGAUUCUCAAGUUCCUCUUCUGCACAGUUCACAGAUUUGUAAGUUGCUUCUUUCAUAGGAAUUAGUUUAAGAACCAGCUGUUGUGCUCCAUUCACUAUUUUUAGCUCUACUAUCUGAGCUAAACAAUUGGAAGGAACUACAAGUUCAGAUGGUGCAAUUACUGUUAAAGGCAUCCCAGGUUGUAAAGGCUCUGUUUUUGGAGAAUAAACCUCAACCUCCACACUCUGAUUCUCACAUACACUCAGUUCAGAUGGCUCCAAUAUUGUCUCAUCCUGGACGGAUGAUGUGUUUAUGCUACAUUCUACAUUUUGAGAUGAGCAGACUGUUUUAGUUGCUUUACUUGGAAUCUCACAAACCAUAUUUGAAGACAAAUUUGAAAGUUCAUUUUGGAAAGGAAUUUUAUUGUAUUUCUGCUUUUUACAUAAAGUGCUUUGACUCUGCUUCUUUUGCUUGUGGUUCAUGAGAGUACUUGACAGGCGUUUUCUGGGUGUUUCAUGUACUCUUCUCGUAUGUUUAACUAUAUAGUCAUGUCUAACAGCACCAUAUUCACAGUACUCACACUGAUAUGGAAAGGUUCCAGUGUGCUUCACCAAAUGUCUCUGGAAUUCUCCUUUGGUGUAGGAUACAUAACUACAGUGGGAACAAAGAAAUUUAAUUUCUUCAUGUUGCCCUACGUGCUUUUUAUACUGUAAAGGAUCCUUUGUUGAAAAUCUGCAUUUAUCACAGUAGUAUUUGCCUGGCAGAAAAUUUUUUACUUUAAACAUUUUCUGGGUUUUACUUGGGAUUUUUCUUUCAAGUUUUUCAUAGUCUGCAGCAUUGGCACCUUCAGGAACAAAAUCGAAAGCUGGUGGUUCAAUAUGA